AGUCCUGCACAGGUGUACCGGCUCCUCCCCUCCAGUCUUGCACAGGUGUACCGGCUCCUCCCCUCCAGUCUUGCACAGGUGUACCGGCUCCUCCCCUCCAGUCUUGCACAGGUGUACCGGCUCCUCCCCUCCAGUCUUGCACAGGUGUACCGGCUCCUCCCCUCCAGUCUUGCACAGGUGUACCGGCUCCUCCCCUCCAGUCUUGCACAGGUGUAUCGGCUCCUCCCCUUCAGUCUUGCACAGGUGUACCGACUCCUCUCCUCCAGUCUUGCACAGGUGUACCGGCUCCUCCCCUCCAGUCUUGCACAGGUGUACCAGCUCCUCCCCUCAGUCUUGCACAGGUGUACCGGCUCCUCCCCUUCAGUCUUGCACAGAUGUACCGGCUCCUCCCCUCCAGUCUUGCACAGGUGUACCGGCUCCUCCCCUCCAGUCUUGCACAGGUGUACCGGCUCCUCCCCUCCAGUCUUGCACAGGUGUACCGGCUCCUCCCCUCCAGUCUUGCACAGGUGUACCGGCUCCUCCCCUCCAGUCUUGCACAGGUGUACCGGCUCCUCCCCUCCAGUCUUGCACAGGUGUAUCGGCUCCUCCCCUCCAGUCUUGCACAGGUGUACCGGCUCCUCCCCUUCAGUCUCGCACAGGUGUAUC